GCACCUCUGUCAAUGAGGCACUGGGUUCAUAUAAUCAGGGGGUCACUGGACACAGGUGUUGUUGGUGAGACGCAAACAGUUUGGAACGUGCAAAGGGAAGUUAUGAGUUCUUUUAUCCAUGUUUCUGGGAAAUAGACUCAUCCCAGAGAAAGUGCUUCUGCUCUGUUUGUUUAGGAAACUGGACACUAUCGUUUCUGGACUCGUCAAAACAGUCAUUUGGUCUUUUGAUGGUCAUCGGGGUCACUACACUGAUCAACUUUGAUUUCAAUUCUAGUGGAGUUGCAACAGAAUCUGCGAGGAGAUCAAAUAUGCCAGAUAAUGUCCAAAUAACAGCGUUGGACUUCUGCUGUGGGUUGGCUGUGUUCCGGGGACCAGCAAAUGUUGCGCACCGGAGCGUUUGGAGCUGCGGAGGACGCGCACGGAGGAAAACGCAACUUCAGAACACCUGCACGUCGGUCAACGCCAAGAUUUUAACCCGCAGCUUCCAGUCUUGGAAACGCUAACUACACCAUGUUGGACUGCCGACACUAGAGCCGAAUAACUGAGGAGACACCACCAGACAUGUCUGAAUAACACUGGUGGUGAUGACACCAACACUGACCUUUGCCCUCAAAGCCUGACCUCUGAUUGGUCAGGGCUCAGAGUGAAACACGCCGUAAGAGAGCUACGAUGUCUGUCCAGGAAGCUUCCCAGGGGCAAACGCUGCCUCCAACCAUGAAACCUGAGGCCAAGCCAAGACCAGAUAUCCCCCCGAAGCCCUCAAGUCAAACUGGCUCCCCACCUCUGGGGGACGGAGGCGACGGCACAAACCUUUCCUCUGGGAAAGUCAAAAGGAUUGUAAACAAGUUCAGCAAGCAGAACUCUGUGCAGGAGGAGGCGGAAGAACGACCCACCAACGGUACCUCAGUCACACAGAGCAAGCGGCUCAGGAGGCCGCCGACAAUAAAGCCCAAACCAGGCCGCAGCAGCCUGCAGCUUCAGAUAAAGGAGGAGCAGGCUCCUCCGCUGCCCAUGAAGAGGAGUCGCAUCCAGCAGAAACAGACGAAGAGCCUGGGAGGAGACGGGGGCGAUGGCAUCAGUGUGGACGGAGGUCGAUCAGCGCCAGAUGGAAAGGAGGUGGAGGUGCAGCUGAUUGGAGGAGGUGAAGCGGAGGUGGGGCACAGCCCGGACACGCCUCUCAGUCCCUGCUGCGACCCCAGCUGCAGCUGCGUGUGCCACCGCCAGUGGCCUGGCAUGAAACUGAUAUGGGUGCCCGUGGAAGUGGAUGACGGUGGGGAGGAGGUUGGAGGAGGAGAAGAGGAUGAGACUGAUGUGGAGGAGCAGACGGGGGAGGAUGGGGAAGACUGGCUGGAGUAUGAGGAGAUAGAGCUGGGAGGGGACGGGGGCAGUAAGGACGGGGACGAGGUGGACGGGGUUUCUGAGGCCGAAGAGACCGACAUGCAAAACAUGAAACAAGAGAAAGCAAAGUUCAACCAGUCUUUGGAUGUUUUGAUUUCUGAGGCUUACAGACGGAGGUCGGACCCCGGGCCCCACAGUGUCCUCACCUCUCUCGCUGUCCCUCGCUCUCAGUCUCCCCCUGUUCCCCCAAAACUAACUAAGUCGCCCCCAGUCCACCAAAUACCUCCUCAAGAUGACGAAGACAAUAUUUACGAGGCCACGCUUCCAUUUUUUGACCCUGCUCCUAAAAAGACAGCACCUGUGUGUAAGGAACUGGAUAUUCCUCUUAUCAAGGUGCGCAAACCGGCGCGUCGGUCUAAACUGUCCUACAGCACCUCAGACCCUACAUCUGAGUUUCAGAUGAAUGAGGAACCCUCCAGCCAGAAAGACGCGCCGCCUGCCAUCCCCCCGAGGAUGCCUGUGAUUCCAGACAGCCGCUGCCUUUCGCCGGUGCACCGGGGCGGGAUUCCUCUCCCACAGCCCACCCUGGAGGAGUGGAGGGCCCUUAGACCUUCAUCGCCCUGCAGCUCCAUUGCCAGCGGCCUGAGCCCCCAACGAGCCAUCACUCCGCCCCUGGCCACCCCCCUGCAGCCUCACAGACCCCCGCCGGCGCCACCAAAGACAGACCCUCGCAGGCUCAGCAGCGCCUCGAUGCAGUCCCUCGCGCCGAAAAGAGAAGCAGAGGAGAAUGGAGGAAAUGAAGGAGAUAAAGACGACAAAGUGGAAGAAGUGAACAGCUCCCUCAGGGGUGUGUCUUUCUGGGAGUCCCGUCUACAGGAUGAGCCUCUUUACCAAACAUACCGCGCCACUGUCAUCAACAAGGAGAUCCGACGGCAGACAGUUUGCCGUAACAUCAGUAAGGCCAGCGUGGACUUUGCUAUGGAUUUGACGGCCCGUCGCUCUGGGACUGGGGCCGGAGCCAUGACAGGAAACGGACCCCCCAGGGGCAGCCCUGUGGCCGCACCCCAUCAGAGCACUCUGUGGCAGGACCUCCCGGCUGUGAGGGACAGCGGAGCGUUAGAGCAACUCACCCCCGAGCAGUGCAAGUACCAGGAGAGCAUGUUUGAAGUUCUGACGUCGGAGGCCUCGUACCUUCGAUCCCUGCGGGUCCUGACCGAGCACUUCCUGGACAGCCGCGAGCUGGAGGACACGAUGAUCAUCCGGGACAAAAAGACUCUCUUCUCCAACAUCCUGAGGGUCAGAGAGGUCAGCGAGAGGUUCCUGAAAGACCUUGAGGACCGCAUAUUCCAUGACCUGGUCUUCUCCGACAUCUGUGACAUCAUCCACUACCACGCCCAACACAAGUUCCCCGCCUACAUCGACUACGUUCGCAACCAGAUCUACCAAGAAAAGAUCUUCACUACUCUCAUGAAGAACAAUACGCCGUUUGCUGCCGUCAUCACUCGUCUCCAGGAGUCGCCGCAGUGCCAGCGGCUGCCCUUCAUGUCCUUUCUGCUGCUUCCCUUCCAGCGGAUAACACGUAUCAAAAUGCUCACGGAGAACAUCCUGAAGAGGACAAAGGAGGGGACGAAAGAGGAGGAGACUGCUUCCAAGGCUUUGGCUUCCAUGUCGAAGAUCAUCGACGAGUGCAACACUCAGGUGGGAAAGAUGAGACAGAUGGAGGAGCUGAUCCACGUCUCUCAGACUCUGGAGUUUGACAAGCUCAAGGCCAUCCCGAUCAUCUCUCAAAAUCGAUUCCUGGAGAAGAAGGGAGAGCUGCAGGAGAUGUCCAAAGGAGGAACUCUGUUCAACAUGAGGGCCAAGUUCACUCCCGUCCACCUCUUCCUCUUCAACGACCUGCUCAUCAUCGCUGCCAAGAAGGGCAGUGCGGAGCGUUUUGUGGUUGUCGACCACGCCCACCGCUCUCUGGUGCAGAUGCAGCCACUGGAGGAGGGCGGGAGUGGCAGCGGCAGCGGCGGCCCCUACGAGCACUGCUUCAAUCUCACCCUGCUGGAAAACCAUCAGGGGCGAAUGUUUGAGCGACUCUUCAAAGCUCCUUCCCAGUCAGACAUGCACAGGUGGAUGGCAGCUUUCCCAAACCCCACCAAAACAACCACCGAUGAAGAUGAAGUGAUUUAUGAAGACUGGGACUGUCCUCAGGUGCAGUGUGUGGAGCAGUACAUCGCCCAGCAGGCGGACGAGCUCACACUGGAGCCCACUGAGAUCGUCAACAUCAUCCGCAAAACCAAUGAGGGCUGGUACGAAGGCAGCCGCCUGUCAGACGGACAGCAGGGCUGGUUCCCCGUGGGAAACGUCAUAGAGAUCACCAACGAGCACGUGCGGAGGCGAAACCUCCGAGAACGCUACAGGGUCAUUCAGGCCGCGGCUAUGGUCUCCAACACCAAGGCCCGCACCAUCAAUUAGUGCCGACCUAGUUGAAGUUUACAUUGAAUCAUUUUCCAAAAUGGAAAAUGCUGUACAAAGAUUAUUCAGGGGCUUUAAUUGGUUUUAAGUGUCAGCUUCUAACACCCAGGAAAGGAAAGAGGAAACGUCACAAAAGACCUGCAAUCAUCAAUUUAUUUAUACAAGUGUGUGUGCGUGCACGUGCGUGUGCAUUUAAGCACCUCGGAACUUGACGUAAAUCAUUUAUCACUGAAGCUCCAAGCAACUAUGUCGUUUGUGCAUGUUUGCGUUCAAUAACUGAGCAGCCCUGCACUAACCUCGUGCACAGCUGCCAAACAGCCAGACCGACGUGCCAAUCAUUCCUGCAAUAACAAGGAAAAUAGUCAAACCUGCUGCAAAGAAAAGAGACAGGCGUUCCUGUAGAACUCGCACAUGCAUAGUCGAGUUAUGUCCUCCUCAUUCCUGUCACGCAUACAAACACGUCAGCUGUCAGCGAGGCGGGGAGAGUUUAAGAUGUGACACAUUCUGUGAUUCGAUUUGACAGAUUAGAGAUUGGCUGCUGGAAAAAUAAAUCUAGUCACUUCAAUAAAUCCCAAAACUACAAACCCCAGACUUCUAACAAGCACAAAAGCUUUGGACAUGCAUGUGAAUGGAAGCUGAGCUGUCGAUGUUUCUCAUGUUUCAGGAGCCGUUGACUAGCACGUCAGCUUAUGCCACUGGUCGUUGUGGAGUAAUGCUGCAGCUCCAUCUGCAGUGAAGAGUUUGUAUUAUUUAUGUAUUAACUGCGAAUGUACAAUAUGUUGUAAAUAAUGAGUGGAGGAUUCUUUUCCUUCAAAAACACUAGCAGUGCUUUUAAUAAAAAAACUUUUU